AUGUGUGACAAGGAGGAAAUGAACUCUCCGGAUCAGAUGUCGAUCAUACCCGACUUCAAUGGCUCAAGCUCUUGUAAUUCCCAACAGACCAUGUUUAAUGUCGGAGGAAGCUACAGCUAUCUGUCAAGCUACAGUCCAAUUGAUUACAACUACCCACCAGACACACCAGUCUCGGUUUCAAGCGUGCCCUGGUGGGCCAAUGAUCAAAGCUACUUUGAAAAGCAACAGCCACAAAGCCUCGGAUAUACACAAGAACAGCCGAAACCCUUUUCGAAAACGCCUUGUAAUGAAACAGGAAAAUCAAAAAAGAAGGGCAACGGGCGCAUCAAAGAUAUCAAACGGAAAUGUACAAACUGUGGUGCAAAAAACACCCCUUCGUGGCGCAGGGGAUUAAAUAACAGUAACCUUUUGUGCAAUGCCUGUGGGCUUUAUGAGCGUGUAAAUGGAAAGAAGCGUAAGGUCAUGCUUCAACCCGAUGGCUCUAUUAAAGUGGCUAGAGGAGAGGACUCUGAACAUAGCAAAUGUACUCGAUGUGCUCCUCGCUCAAAUGAAUCCAAGGGUAGACUAAAGCCUACCUCUGUUGCAAGCAUUGUCGAAUCAACCAAGUCGGUUACACUUGGUCCAAGCUGGGAGAAGUCUCCCUAA